CUUCACAUGCCAAUGCCUCCCUUUCGCAUCUCUCCCUUAGUCUCAAAACCUGUUCUCUCACCUUUCCGACUACCGAGGCCUCUUUUCUGCAAUCAACCUCUCUGCCUUCUCCGGACCACUCUCCAAACGCGCGGCAAACAUGGGAGACGUGAAUCAAAGCCUGUUAAGUCAACUAUCCCCACAACGCAGGACAGAACCCGCCUAGAACCUAACCCGGAACCUUCAAAUGAGCAGCAUAACGAGGGCGAAGAUAUUCACUUUGCCCCAAACCAAGGGGAAUAUAAGCAUGAUGAUGAACGAGAGGCCCGACAAGUGAGAGUGAGGUAUCUGCGACCCGCUCUAUGGGCUGUUGCAGCCUCGUCCGGAAUAUAUGCUCUCUUCGCAUACUGGGAGGCAAAAUCGGAGGUGGAAGAAGCUUCUCAGCGCUUCCGGAUCCGGGUGCCUCAGUUUUCCAGUCCACAGCCCGCUGGUCCUGCCCAAACUAUAUCACAAGCCUGGAACGACCUCGAUUCAAUUUCGAGGUUGAGCUACGGAAUCAUCGCCGUGAAUGGCCUUGUUCAUCUCACUCGAUAUAUUGACCCCAACUACUGGAACUCCCUGUGGCAUACGCCGGCUCUAAACCAUAAUUAUACACUUCUAACCCAUAUGUUUGUACACUCUGGUCCGGCUCAUCUCCUUUUCAAUAUGUAUGCGUGCUACAACUUCUUGCGACCUGUCGCUCGAUCCCAGCUCUUUGAAGGUAGCUCCUAUCAUACCCUUUCGUUCUUCCUCUCGGCUGGCAUUCUUUCCGGUUAUGCCCAGCAUUGGAGUACUAUAUUUGCAAGCCGAGCGAGAGUGAUCCCCCAAGCUUUUAUUCCAUGUGGAGGAGCAAGUGGCGCCAUUUUUGCGAUCUUUAGUACCUUCUGUAUGCAGUAUCCAGACAGUGGGAUCGGCAUCAUUCUAUUACCCUUCAGCUUUGAAGCGCAAUACUUCUUACCAUGUAUCAUGGCUUUCGAUUUAUAUGGAAUGGUAUUUGGAUUCAAGUCAAUCAAUUGGGGGCAUGCUGCCCAUUUCUCGGGGGCAUUAAUUGGUGUCGCUUACUCUUACUUUGACGGCAAAAUAAUGAUAUGGGACCCUUUAGUCCGCUUCUUCCGGACUCACCUAGAGAAGAAGUCUCCCUGAUCCCUCCUUAGUUCUGUUGCUAAGCCUUCAACCAUCUCUGGUAUCCGGAUUGAGCCAAACUGAUAUGUAUCAUUACCCCCACACUUUUUGUAACCGCAUACAAGAAGUUUUGCGAUUCUCUAGAAAAUAU